AUGAUUUUGCCCAGAAUCAGUGGUCUGUUAAAUGGUCUCCUGACUCACCCAUCCUGGCUGAUCCUCCAUCAUGUCCUGGAGGCCUUUGGCCUCUUUGCAGAGAUAACCAACCAUGAGGAAGUGAUUUCUCAGACAUUGACAUCAGAGGAGAUCAAAACCAAAGUGUUAAACUUUCUCAGUAAGACCGUCUCACACCAGGAGUCUGAGGAAGCAAGACUAGAACGUCUGAAGGAGUGGAGGAGUAUAAUAGAGAAACACUGUGAGCAAAUGGAGCGUGAGACCAGCUCACCUGUACACACGCCACUUACUGAGGAGCCAUGUCCGAAGAGGGCAAGACAGGAGACCAAAGUAGAAGAGGAGUAUGAGCGAUACCUCCAGACAGCAGAAAGUGCCUUGAAAGCCCUGCAGGCAAUAGUGGGGCCAGACCACAACAUGUCCCCGCCUCAGUGGGUCAGGACCAGACUUGAGGUCUUACAGACACUGAUAACUCAAAUCAACACCACUGCAAUAGAGCAGCCCUGAUUCAACUACAACACCUCUUAUGGCUGCUUUUAACACAAUGCUGUCUUUGUUCCAUGUCACUACGUUUGCUAAAGUCACCCAAGAUAUUUGUAUAAAAGUUGUAUUUUUUAAAGUUUCUAUGGAAAAGAGUCACUCC